AUGGAAGUUAACUUAAAUUUUUUUGAACAAAGAAAUAACAGGAAAGAUAUUAUCGUAAACUAUGAAAAAUGGUUGAAGAUUAUAGAACGAAUGCCUAACAAAAAGAUGCAUCACCUUAUCACAACCAACAACUUUGAAUAUAUGACAAAUUCUCAAAGUAUCAAUAUCGGUAACAAUUUAAAAAAUAGAAUAUCCAUAGCAAACUUAACAUUAGAUAAAGUACACGUUGGAAGGUUUUUGUUGUGUCGAGUGAUAAACAGAUGUGCAAAGUUGGGCCCUCUCUUUACCCUUAUAGAAGAUCCUGAGGGCGAGAUUGAACGAAUUGCUUUAUAUAAUUGGGUCGAACACACCGCUCUUCCCGUCAAAGUUCGGGAAAAAGUACUUUCCAUUAAUCAAGUUUCAAAGUUUCUACCUAUAGGAACUAAACUUGCAAUCAAGAAUCCGUAUUAUCAAGUUGCCUCUAGUUUUGAUACCUUAAUUAAUAUAGAAGGUCCUAGAAUUAACACCGAUUUUGACUCGCUCAUUCGCUCAGAUGUCCCUGAUGACGUCAUUAUAAUCGAUCAAGAUGAUGAGCGGUUUAAUAAAAUAAAGUGGUCCAAUGAUCUGGGGAAAGGGAUGAAUGUCAAUGAAAAGGAUAAAGUAUAUAAAGUAUCAGUUGAUGAUGAGAAGAGGAUCGGGACACCAGAUGAAUGCCACCAGAAAGGGAAUAAAUAUUUUAUUUCAAACGAUUUCGCCCAAGCUGUUGACGAAUAUUCGACUGGUAUCAGGCAUGGGCUACAUAACGCCACUUUGCUUGCCAACCGCGCAGAGGCAUAUUUGAGGUUGGAUCGAUUUAAAAAAGCUCUCAAUGAUGUAGAGAAAAUCCUCAAGCGUGAUCCCGGUCAUAUGAAAGCAGCUAUUCGUAAAGGCAAAGCUUUAAUUGGUCUUAAAAGUUAUCAAGAAUCCAUAAUCACACUUAAAGAUUUAAAUUUAAGGAUGCAAACAAAAACUGAAUGUGAUGAUAAUUUAAUCACUUCCAUUAAGCAAAGCGUUAAAGAAUUGUUAAAACGUGCGGAAAUGUUUGAUUCUGAAAACCGGUAUGGACGUUAUGAUUACAAAAGUAUCAUUGAUGAGUAUUGCGAAAAGAUUGUAAUUAAUCAAGACAAUGAUGAUUGGGCCUGCGGAAAAGGGCCAAGAUUGGACCAUGCAGAAUACUUGAUUGAUGAUAUCGAGAUUCGUCAUGUGAAAAAAAAAGGGAGAGGUUGGGUUGCUAAGCGGGACAUACCUGAAGGUACUCUUGUGAUGGUUUCCAAGGCAUUCAAAGUGGUAUAUGGUAAUGAAGCUCCUUUAAGUUUUAGAAGUAUUGAUUUUACUCGUGGAUACGAAGUCAUGAAUACGGCAACGCAUUUAGAAUUAUCGACCCGCAUUGCUCGGGAACUCAUAGCAGAACCGGAACUUUGCCAGGAAGUGUAUCAACUUUAUGCCGGCCCAGAAAUGGUUCCUAUGGAAUAUCUCGACGAAAAAUCGUUACAUUCGGUGAAUAUGAAAAGAAUCGAAAAAAUUGUUAAAUACAAUUUUUUCGAACCGAGGGAUGAAUGGGAUAUUUUAUAUUAUUCCGGAAACGAUAGUCGAUUAACCAAAGAUUACGGAGCGGGGUUAUGGAUCUUACCAUCUUAUUUCAACCACUCAUGUGUUGAUAUAAAUAUUCAACAUAUUAUUAUUGGAGACAUGAUGAUUUUGAGAAGUUGUCGACCCAUUUUGAAAGACGAGGAGCUAAUUUUAACAUAUUGUUCACCGGCGCAAUUUUAUGAAGAGCGAUCUACUCGACUGAAGUCAUAUGGUAUAAAUUGUCAAUGUCGACUUUGUGAAUUUGAAAGAGUCGAAUCAUUUAGAACUAAAGUUCGACGUAUCGAACUCUUUGCAACUUAUGAAAAAUGUCUCGGUCCUCAAUUGCGAUUAUCAUUUCAUAGCCCUUAUUUUGAUCCUUCUCUAAUCAAUGAAUUAAAUGACUUGAUCGCUGAAUCAAACGAGCUACGAAAAGAUCUUCCAGAUCUAAAUUUUCUGGCAUACGAACCAAAGUCAGAUUUGGCAAUGGCCUACGUUAAAAUCGGUAAACUCCGACAAUCUCUUCCUAUUACGAAGCAAGUAUACAAUUUUUUGAAAACUGCACAAUUGUUACAUUUAACUAGCAAUGCCGCAUAUCAAGUUGCAUCUCGCUACGCUAGACUCGGACAAAUGAAAGAAGCUAAUGAAUGGUUUGAUGUAACACUGAAAGAAUUGGCAGAACCUAUAAGAGGAAAAUUCAAUGAAGAUGAAAUCCAAUGGAGAGAAGAGGCGUUGCAUUUGGCAAAAAAACUGGCACCGAAAAUGAUCGAAGGUGCAAGGAAUAAAGGACUUGUAUAA